CGCCGGCCGGGACGGCUGCCCCGGAAGUCGUCGUCGGGCUCCCCUCCCGCCCCCCGCCGCCAGCGGCGAACAUGGCGGUGGACUCGGCGAUGGAGCUGCUAUUUUUAGACACUUUUAAACACCCGACCGCUGAGCAAAGUUCGCACAUCGAUGUGGUUCGUUUUCCAUGUGUGGUUUAUAUCAAUGAAGUCCGCGUGAUACCUCCAGGAGUGAAGGCGCACAGCAACCUGCCCGACAACAGAGCCUAUGGGGAGACAUCUCCGCACACAUUUCAGUUGGACUUAUUCUUUAACAAUGUCAGCAAACCAAGUGCCCCAGUUUUCGAUAGGUUGGGAAGCUUGGAAUAUGAUGAGAACACUUCCAUCAUCUUUCGACCCAACUCAAAGGUGAAUACCGAUGGUUUGGUCCUAAGAGGCUGGUAUAACUGUCUGACGCUGGCAAUAUAUGGAUCGGUGGAUCGAGUGAUCAGUCAUGACAGAGACUCUCCGCCCCCACCUCCUCCGCCUCCUCCACCUCCGCAGCCGCAGACAAGUUUGAAAAGGAAUCCAAAACAUGCUGAUGGAGAAAAGGAAGAUCAGUUUAAUGGGAGCCCUCCAAGGCCUCAGCCCAGGGGACCACGAACUCCUCCGGGCCCCCCUCCGCCUGAUGAUGAUGAGGAUGAUCCAGUGCCCUUGCCAGUGUCUGGUGACAAGGAAGAGGAUGCUCCUCAUAGAGAAGAUUACUUUGAGCCCAUCUCUCCCGAUCGGAAUUCUGUUCCUCAGGAAGGUCAGUAUUCCGAUGAAGGGGAGGUAGAAGAGGAGCAGCAGGAGGAAGGGGAAGAUGAUGAAGAUGAUGUGGAUGUAGAGGAAGAGGAGGAUGAGGACGAGGAUGACCGACAUACAGUAGACAGUAUCCCUGAGGAGGAGGAAGAUGAUGAAGAGGAAGAAGGCGAAGAGGAUGAAGAAGGUGAAGGGGAUGAUGGUUAUGAACAGAUUUCCAGUGAUGAAGAUGGAAUUGCAGACUUGGAACGCGAAACCUUUAAGUAUCCGAACUUUGACGUCGAAUACACCGCUGAAGACUUGGCUUCAGUCCCUCCGAUGACGUAUGACCCGUAUGACAGGGAACUCGUACCACUCCUAUACUUCAGCUGUCCAUAUAAGACUACUUUCGAAAUUGAACUGAGUAGAAUGAAGGAUCAAGGUCCAGAUAAAGAAAAUUCUGGGGCAGUAGAAGCCUCAGUGAAGUUAACGGAACUGUUGGAUUUGUAUCAAGAAGAUAGAGGUGCAAAAUGGGUGACUGCUUUAGAAGAAAUCCCAAGUUUGAUAAUAAAGGGACUAAGUUAUUUGCAGCUGAAGAAUACAAAGCAAGACUCCCUCUGCCAGUUGGUAGACUGGACCAUGCAAGCGUUGAAUUUACAAGUAGCCCUUCGCCAGCCCAUUGCCUUAAAUGUCCGGCAGCUCAAAGCUGGGACCAAACUAGUGUCCUCGCUAGCGGAAUGUGGGGCGCAGGGUGUCGUGGAACUGCUUCAAGCAGGAGUGAUCAAUGGGUUAUUCGAGCUCCUGUUUGCUGAUCAUGUCUCCUCUUCCCUUAAAUUAAAUGCUUUUAAAGCUUUGGACAGCGUCAUCAGUAUGACGGAAGGAAUGGAAGCGUUUUUAAGAGGUAGGCCGGGUGAAAAAAGUGGCUACCAGAAGCUCCUGGAGCUCAUCCUUCUAGAUCAGACUGUGAGGGUUGUCACUGCUGGCUCAGCCAUCCUGCAGAAGUGCCAUUUCUAUGAAAUCUUGUCCGAGAUUAAAAGACUGGGCGACCACUUGGCAGAGAAGACGUCUUCUGUUCCGAACCACACUGACCCGGAGCACGACACGGACGCCGGACUGGAGAGAACCAACCCGGAGUAUGAAAACGAGGUCGAGACGUCCAUGGACAUGGAUCUGAUGGAAUCCUCCAACAUAAGUGAAGGGGAAAUAGAAAAGCUUAUCAACCUCCUAGAGGAGGUCUUCCAUUUGAUGGAAACCGCCCCUCACACAAUGGUCCAGCCUCCUGUCAAGUCAUUCCCCACCAUGGCACGUAUUACGGGACCUCCAGAGCGGGACGACCCGUAUCCUGUUCUCUUUCGGUAUCUUCACAGCCAUCACUUCUUGGAGUUGGUCACCUUGCUUCUCUCGAUCCCAGUCACAAGUGCCCACCCGGGUGUGCUGCAGGCCACGAAAGACGUUUUAAAGUUCCUUGCGCAGUCACAGAAGGGUCUUCUUUUUUUCAUGUCAGAAUACGAAGCCACAAAUUUGUUGAUUCGCGCCCUCUGUCACCUUUAUGAUCAAGAUGAAGAGGAAGGCCUUCAGUCCGAUGGCGUCAUCGACGACGCCUUUGCCUUGUGGCUCCAGGACUCCACGCAGACGCUGCAGUGCAUCACAGAACUGUUCAGUCACUUCCAGCGCUGUACAGCCAGGGAGGAGACAGACCACUCGGAUCUCUUGGGAACCCUUCACAAUCUGUAUUUGAUUACUUUCAAUCCCGUGGGGAGAUCGGCAGUCGGCCAUGUUUUCAGUCUUGAGAAAAAUCUCCAGAGCCUUAUUACUUUAAUGGAGUACUAUUCCAAAGAAGCCUUAGGUGAUUCCAAGUCUAAGAAGUCAGUAGCAUAUAAUUACGCAUGCAUCCUUAUUCUGGUGGUGGUUCAGUCUUCCAGCGACGUGCAAAUGCUGGAGCAGCACGCGGCUUCUCUCUUGAAGCUUUGUAAAGCAGAUGAAAAUAAUGCCAAGUUGCAAGAGCUUGGCAAGUGGCUUGAACCUCUGAGAAACCUUAGAUUUGAAAUUAACUGCAUCCCAAACCUUAUUGAAUAUGUUAAACAGAAUAUUGACAACUUGAUGACCCCGGAGGGAGUUGGCCUCACCACUGCUUUGCGUGUUCUUUGUAACGUGGCAUGCCCACCGCCGCCAGUUGAAGGUCAACAGAAAGAUCUGAAAUGGAACCUUGCUGUUAUUCAGCUCUUUUCAGCUGAAGGAAUGGACACCUUCAUUCGGGUUCUGCAGAAACUGAACACAAUUCUGACUCAGCCUUGGAGGCUCCAUGUCAACAUGGGGACAACCCUUCACAGAGUGACUACCAUUUCCAUGGCCCGCUGCACGCUCACGCUGCUUAAGACCAUGUUAACGGAGCUCUUGCGAGGCGGAUCCUUUGAGUUCAAGGACAUGCGCGUUCCUUCUGCACUUGUGACUUUACACAUGCUCCUGUGCUCUAUCCCCCUCUCAGGUCGUUUGGACAGUGACGAGCAGAAAAUUCAGAAUGAUAUCAUUGACAUUUUGCUGACUUUCACACAGGGAGUCAAUGAAAAACUCACCAUCUCCGAGGAGACUCUGGCCAAUAAUACUUGGUCUUUAAUGUUAAAAGAAGUUCUUUCUUCAAUCCUGAAGGUUCCUGAAGGAUUUUUUUCUGGACUCAUACUCCUUUCAGAGCUGCUGCCUCUCCCGUUGCCCAUGCAAACAACUCAGGUGAUUGAGCCGCAAGAUAUCUCCGUAGCACUCAACACCCGGAAGCUGUGGAGCAUGCAUCUUCACGUGCAAGCCAAGUCGCUCCAGGAAAUUGUCCGCUCCUUCUCUGGCACCACCUGCCAGCCCAUUCAGCACAUGCUGCGGCGAAUCUGUGUCCAGUUAUGCGACCUGGCCUCACCCACCGCGCUUCUGAUCAUGAGAACGGUGUUGGAUUUGAUUGUAGAAGACUUGCAAAGCACUUCAGAAGAUAAAGACAAACAGUAUACCAGCCAGACCACCAGGUUGCUUGCUCUUCUCGAUGCUCUGACUUCACACAAAGCUUGUAAAUUGGCUAUUUUGCAUCUAAUUAAUGGGACUAUUAAAGGUGACGAGAGAUACGGAGAAAUAUUCCAGGAUCUGUUAACGUUGGUGCGGUCUCCUGGGGACAGCGUCACUCGCCAGCAGUGUGUGGAAUACAUCACCUCCAUUUUGCAGUCGCUCUGUGACCAGGACAUCGCACUUAUUUUGCCCAACUCUUCGGAAGGCUCGAUCUCUGACUUGGAGCAGCUCUCCAACUCCCUCCCUAACAAAGAGCUGAUGGCCUCCAUCUGCGACUGCCUGCUGGCCAUGCUGGCUAACUCUGACAGCAGCUAUAACUGUUUGCUGACAUGUGUCAGGACUAUGAUGUUUCUGGCAGAGCAUGAUUAUGGAUUAUUUCACUUAAAAAGUUCUCUAAGGAAAAAUACAAAUGCUUUGCAUAGUUUACUGAAACGAGUGAUCAGCACAUUCAGUAAAGACACAGGUGAACUUGCUUCAUCAUUUUUGGAAUUUAUGCGGCAGAUUCUUAACUCUGACACAAUGGGAUGUUGUGGAGAUGAUAGUGGUCUCAUGGAAGUAGAGGGAGCUCAUCCAUCACGGACGAUGAGUAUUAAUGCUGCAGAGUUAAAACAGCUUCUACAAAGCAAAGAAGAAAGUCCAGAAAAUUUGUUCCUUGAACUAGAGAAGCUUGUUUUGGAACAUUCCAAAGAGGAUGACAAUCUGGACUCUCUGUUGGACAGCGUUGUUGGGCUGAAGCAGAUGCUAGAGUCUUCUGGUGAUCCUUUACCUCUCGGGGACCAGGAUGUAGAACCAAUACUUUCAGCUCCGGAAUCUCUCCAAAAUCUGUUCAAUAAUAGGACUGCAUAUGUACUCGCUGAUGUCAUGGACGAUCAGUUGAAAUCUAUGUGGUUUACUCCAUUUCAGGCUGAAGAGAUUGAUACAGAUCUGGAUUUGGUAAAAGUUGACUUAAUUGAGCUUUCUGAAAAGUGCUGCAGCGACUUUGACUUGCACUCCGAAUUAGAGCGCUCCUUUUUGUCAGAACCGUCAUCUCCAGGAAGAACCAAGACAACAAAAGGGUUCAAGCUGGGGAAGCACAAGCACGAGACCUUCAUAACAUCGAGCGGAAAAUCAGAAUAUAUCGAGCCUGCCAAACGCGCCCACGUGGUGCCACCGCCGCGGGGAAGGGGCAGAGGAGGCUUUGGGCAGGGCGUGCGGCCCCACGACAUCUUCCGGCAGCGGAAGCAGAACACGAGCAGGCCCCCCUCCAUGCACGUGGACGACUUUGUGGCGGCCGAGAGUAAAGAAGUGGUCCCGCAGGACGGAAUCCCGCCUCCCAAGCGGCCGCUCAAAGUCUCGCAGAAGAUCUCUUCUCGCGGUGGCUUCUCAGGCAAUCGAGGAGGACGGGGGGCCUUCCACAGCCAGAAUAGGUUCUUCACUCCGCCUGCCUCGAAAGGGAAUUACAGUCGUCGGGAAGGAACUCGAGGCUCCAGUUGGAGUGCUCAGAAUACUCCUCGAGGAACUUACAGCGAAAGUCGUGGAGGCCAGAGCAAUUUUAACAGGGGCCCUCUCCCACCAUUGCGACCGCUCAGUUCUACAGGCUACCGCCCGAGCCCUCGCGACCGAGCGUCCAGGGGCCGAGGGGGACUCGGACCUUCGUGGGCAAGUGCAAACAGCGGCAGCGGCGGCUCCCGGGGAAAGUUCGUCAGCGGCGGCAGCGGCCGAGGCCGGCACGUGCGCUCCUUCACGCGAUGAGAUGAGAGGACUCGAGCACGUCUUGGCCGAGACCAACGAAUGGUUCAGGAGGACAAUAAAAUAAGACCUUGAAGGACCAAUUUAGACUUAGCAAUUACCUGGAGACAUCUGAGAGAAUAUUUUUAUCUGAAGAAAGCCGAUUUUGUUUGAUACCUAACACAAGAUUUCAAUAAAUAUCCAAACUUUGUAUGUAAGUUUCUCUGUUUUUUCCCCCAUAUGUGACUAUUUAAAAAAUUUUUUUUUUUUACUUAGCAAAUGUAACAGUGAAAUAACUUCUGUUGUGGUG